AUGGCCAAACCUUAUGAAUUUAAUUGGCAGAAGGAAGUUCCUUCCUUUUUGCAAGAAGGAGCAGUUUUUGACAGAUAUGAAGAGGAAUCCUUUGUGUUUGAACCCAACUGCCUCUUCAAAGUAGAUGAAUUUGGCUUCUUUCUGACCUGGAGAAGUGAAGGCAAGGAAGGCCAAGUGCUAGAAUGUUCCCUCAUCAACAGUGUUCGGCUGGGAGCCACACCAAAGGAUCCCAAAAUUUUGGCUGCUCUUGAAGCUCUUGGCAAAUCAGAAAAUGAUCUGGAAGGGCGGAUAGUUUGUGUCUGCAGUGGUGCAGAUCUGGUGAACAUCAGUUUCACGUACAUGGUGGCUGAAAAUCCAGAAAUAACUAAGCAAUGGGUCGAAGGCCUGAGAUCCAUCAUACACAACUUCAGGGCGAACAACGUCAGCCCAAUGACGUGCCUCAAGAAGCACUGGAUGAAAUUGGCAUUUAUGACCAACACAAAUGGGAAAAUUCCAGUUAGGAGUAUUACUAGAACCUUUGCAUCGGGGAAAACAGAAAAGGUGAUCUUUCAAGCACUCAAGGAGCUAGGUCUUCCCAGUGGAAAGAAUGACGAAAUUGAGCCUGCCGCAUUUACUUAUGAAAAGUUCUAUGAACUGACACAAAAGAUUUGUCCUCGGACAGAUAUAGAGGAUCUUUUCAAAAAAAUCAAUGGAGACAAAACUGAUUAUUUAACGGUAGACCAAUUAGUGAGCUUUCUAAAUGAACAUCAACGAGAUCCUCGACUGAAUGAAAUUUUAUUCCCAUUUUAUGAUGCUAAAAGGGCAAUGCAGAUCAUUGAGAUGUAUGAGCCUGAUGAAGAUUUGAAGAAACAAGGCCUCAUAUCAAGUGAUGGGUUUUGCAGAUACCUGAUGUCAGAUGAAAAUGCCCCCGUCUUCCUAGAUCGUCUGGAGCUGUACCAAGAAAUGGACCACCCUCUGGCUCACUACUUCAUCAGCUCUUCCCACAACACCUAUCUCACUGGCAGACAGUUUGGUGGGAAGUCUUCAGUAGAAAUGUACAGACAGGUCCUCCUGGCUGGUUGCAGAUGUGUUGAACUUGACUGUUGGGAUGGGAAAGGUGAGGACCAAGAACCGAUAAUAACUCAUGGAAAAGCAAUGUGCACAGAUAUCCUUUUUAAGGAUGUUAUUCAAGCCAUCAAGGAAACUGCCUUUGUCACAUCAGAAUAUCCUGUAAUUCUCUCCUUUGAAAAUCACUGCAGCAAAUAUCAACAGUACAAGAUGUCCAAAUAUUGUGAAGAUCUAUUUGGAGAUCUCCUGUUGAAACAAGCACUUGAAUCACAUCCACUGGAACCAGGCAAACCUUUGCCAUCCCCGAAUGACCUCAAAAGAAAAAUACUCAUCAAAAACAAACGACUAAAACCUGAGGUUGAAAAAAAACAGCUUGAAGCUUUGAAAAGCAUGAUGGAAGCAGGAGAAUCCGCUGCCCCGGUGAACAUCUUAGAGGAUGACAAUGAAGAGGAAAUAGAAAGUGCUGAGCAAGAGGAGGAAGCUCACCCUGAAUACAAAUAUGGAAAUGAACUUUCUGCAGAUGACUUGGGUCACAAGGAAGCUAUUGCCAAUAGUGUCAAGAAGGCUUCAGAUGACCUUGAACAUGAAAACAGCAAAAAGGGCCUGGUUACCGUAGAAGAUGAGCAGGCAUGGAUGGCAUCUUAUAAAUAUGUGGGUGCUACCACUAAUAUCCAUCCGUAUUUGUCCACAAUGAUCAACUAUGCACAGCCUGUAAAGUUUCAAGGUUUCCAUGUGGCUGAAGAACGCAAUAUUCAUUAUAACAUGUCUUCUUUUAAUGAGUCGGUCGGUCUAGGCUACUUGAAGACACACGCCAUUGAAUUUGUGAAUUAUAACAAACGGCAAAUGAGUCGCAUUUACCCCAAGGGAGGCCGAGUCGAUUCCAGUAAUUACAUGCCUCAGAUUUUCUGGAACGCUGGCUGCCAGAUGGUUUCGCUGAACUAUCAAACCCCAGAUUUAGCGAUGCAAUUGAAUCAGGGGAAAUUUGAGUAUAAUGGAUCAUGCGGGUACCUUCUCAAACCAGAUUUCAUGAGACGGCCCGAUCGAACAUUUGAUCCCUUCUCUGAAACACCUGUUGAUGGGGUUAUUGCAGCCACUUGCUCCGUGCAGGUUAUAUCAGGUCAGUUCUUAUCAGAUAAGAAAAUUGGCACAUAUGUAGAAGUGGAUAUGUAUGGGUUGCCCACGGACACUAUCCGAAAGGAAUUCCGCACUCGAAUGGUGAUGAACAAUGGACUCAAUCCAGUUUACAAUGAAGAAUCAUUUGUGUUUCGGAAGGUGAUCCUCCCUGACCUGGCUGUCUUGAGGAUCGCUGUGUAUGAUGACAACAACAAGCUGAUAGGCCAGAGGAUUCUGCCCCUGGACGGCCUCCAAGCAGGCUAUCGACACGUAUCCCUCCGAAAUGAGGGCAAUAAACCUUUAUCGCUGCCAACCAUUUUCUGCAAUAUUGUCCUAAAAACAUAUGUGCCUGAUGGAUUCGGAGAUAUUGUGGAUGCUUUAUCAGAUCCAAAGAAAUUUCUUUCCAUUACGGAAAAGAGAGCGGAUCAAAUGAGAGCUAUGGGCAUUGAAACUAGUGACAUCGCCGAUGUGCCCAGUGACACUUCAAAGAACGAGAAGAAAGGGAAAGCCAACACCGCCAAAGCUAAUGUGACCCCUCAGAGCAGCUCGGAGCUCAGGCCAACCACCACAGCUGCCCUGGGGGCUGGCCUGGAGGCCAAGAAAGGUAUUGAACUGAUCCCUCAAGUGAGGAUAGAAGAUUUAAAGCAGAUGAAGGCUUACUUGAAGCAUUUAAAGAAACAACAGAAAGAGCUCAAUUCUUUAAAGAAGAAACAUGCAAAGGAGCACAGUACCAUGCAGAAACUACAUUGCACGCAAGUUGACAAGAUUGUGGCCCAGUACGACAAGGAGAAACUAACUCAUGAGAAAAUCCUAGAGAAGGCAAUGAAGAAGAAAGGGGGAAGUAAUUGUCUUGAAAUGAAGAAAGAAACAGAAAUUAAAAUUCAGACGCUGACAUCAGAUCACAAAUCUAAGGUCAAGGAGAUUGUAGCACAACACACGAAGGAGUGGUCAGACAUGAUCAACACCCACAGUGCGGAGGAGCAGGAGAUCCGGGACCUGCACCUCAGCCAGCAGUGCGAGCUGCUCAGAAAGCUCCUCAUCAGCGCCCACGAGCAGCAGACCCAGCAGCUGAAACUGUCCCAUGACAGGGAAAGCAAAGAGAUGCGAGCACAGCAAGCUAAGAUUUCUAUGGAAAACAGCAAAGCCAUCAGCCAAGAUAAAUCCAUCAAGAAUAAAGCAGAACGGGAAAGGAGAGUGAGGGAGUUAAACAGCAGCAACACGAAAAAGUUUCUGGAAGAAAGAAAGCGACUUGCCAUGAAGCAGUCCAAAGAAAUGGAUCAGUUGAAAAAAGUCCAGCUUGAGCACCUCGAAUUCCUAGAGAAACAGAAUGAGCAGCUUUUGAAAUCCUGUCAUGCAGUGUCCCAAACGCAAGGCGAAGGAGAUGCAGCAGAUGGUGAAAUUGGAAGCCGAGAUGGACCGCAGACCAGCAACAGUUGUGUGAAACUCCAGGACACAAACUGA